AUGGGGAACCACGAGCCUUUCAAAGUUAUCAUAGCCGGUGGCGGCGUUGCCGGUUUAGCAUUAGCUAAUAUGUUGCAGAAAGCCGGUAUUGAUUUUAUCAUGCUAGAAAGACGAGACGUCGCUCCCCAGACAGGUGCUUCUAUAUGCUUACUAUCCCACACCGGAAAGAUAUUUGAGCAGCUUGGCGUCUGGAAGAGACUUUGCGCCUCAACUUUGCCACUCACCGUUCGCCACCAUCUUGACGAGUACGGAAAGCUCUUUGAUAGCUCCUCAAUGUUUAAGGACGCGAUGGAGAAGACGGGUAGACCGGUAAUAUUCGUAGAACGCCACUUCUGUCUUAAGACCCUCUACGAUAGCGUUGAGGAUCAUUCCAAAGUGCGGGAAAAUACGGGAGUCGUGUCGUUUUCAGAGGACGAAGACGGCAUAACGGUGUUGACCGAUAGCGGCGAGAAGGUCAGGGGCAGCAUUUUAGUAGCGGCGGACGGCGUCCACAGCACGAUCCGGCAUUUGAUGGCUGAGGCGGUCUCCCAGGAUGAUCCCGAGAGGUCUCGGCAUCUUAUCCGAGCAUUUACGUCGAGUUAUAGAACAGUAUUCGGUACAUCGCCUAACAGGCCCGGCGGCGACGCCUUGCCGCUAGACGGCGUCGUGUAUCAUAUUUAUUAUAGGAAUCUCUCCGGCAUCACGACUGCGGGCUCGAAAGGGCUCAUCUUCUGGUUUCUGUUCAUCAAGGAGGAAACCUCUUCUAGCACGCCAGAUUGCCCGCGCUAUACAGAGUCCGAUGCCGCGGCUAGCAUCGAGAAGUACGGAGACCGAAUUGCUUGCCCUGGGUACUCGUUUCGCGAUCUGUGGAAUACGAGAGUUAAAGGAAGCAUGGUGCCUAUGGAAGAAGGCGUGGUUCGAGGAUCUUGGAAUAACGGUAGUCGGGUCGUGCUGGUCGGAGAUGCCACGUGCAAGACGACGGUGAAUGGCGGUCUAGGGGGUAACCUUGCUAUCGAGGGGAUCUGUAACCUAGUCAACGAGCUCGUGCCGCUCACACGGGCGACGCCAGCCCCGACUACUCACGACCUAGCGAAUGCGUUUAAUAGGUACGAACAAAAGCAGCGUCCGAGGGCCGAAAUCUCCUACGCGUCUUCGAACUUCGUGACGCGUUACGAGUCGAUGGACUCGCCGUGGUUGCGGUUUCUACGGUGGCUAUCAUCUUGGAUUCGCUUCCGGUCUGAGACGAAGGGAUUUCUAAGCUACAUUGAACUGGCACCCUUCCUCAAUUUUCUACCAGAUCCCGACGUAGCAGAAGCAGGCUAG